UAAUAAAUGGGUAUUUGUAGGCUAUUCAUUUUAUUUUUAUUUUAGUGUUAGGCAUUUCAGACUUCAUUACCCACAAUCCUUUAAUGAUGACAGUCACGCUACCAUCGUGUGUGUGUUGUGUUGGGUUUAAAAUCACCACAGCAACGUGAGCUCGGGAGUGAAAACCGUAUUAAAACUUGUUAAUUUUGAACAACUAUUGUAUUUGCAUAUACAUAAAUAUAGUGUACAGUAACACUAAUAAUGAAAGCAAACGUGAAAUCUUCACCCUUACAUAAAAGCGUGCAACAGCCCAAGAUAAUUGGAGCAGACCGCGGGCCGAGGCCAGCAGAAGUUCCAGUGCUAAAGUUAGAGACCCUGCAAGACGCGGAGGAGGAGCAUCUUGCCAUAAUUCCAAAGAAUGCUGCUAUCAAGAUUGUCACAGGAGAUCUGUCAGCCAUGAGUUGGGGCUCUCCAACCUCCACACAGUCAAAGCAGAUGAAAGACUCAAUUAAAAAUCACGUGCCUGAUGUGGAUCAUGGAGAAUCACUACAGCUGAGCCACAGAGAUCUGGCACAGAGAAGUCCACUGUACAGUCACAAACCAAACCUGGAUUCAUCCACCUUCACCUCUAAAAACACAGCACAACCCAACUACAACCAGUCCAACACUGUACGGCCCAACAGCAAGAUGGUGGAUGCGGAGGGGCUUACUGAAGAGAGGAAACUGCAAGCAGUAAUUGAGCAGGUUAUGGUGGACCAGCUGUCGAGGGCUGUCAUUAGCGAUCCGGAACAGAAUGCUGUGUCUGUCAGUCCCACGAGUGUCCCACCACGCUACAGGAGAACUCUUCACCACACUAAGGUAAAAACUCGGAUGUCUUUAACGGAGAACACCUUAUCCAACAAGCUCUGUUUUCAAGCCAGGAUUUUAUCAAGGUGUGGACGUGAGGCUUGCCGAAAACUGAUUGGCUUCUUUUUCACAUAUGACCAAACACUGACUGUGUAUGAGUACCGAAAUUUUGGGAAAAACAGAUGGAACGCGUUGCCCUUUAUCGCUCGUGGUGUGUAUUUGAACAGAGGGAGGCCGUACAGCCUGCAGGACAUCUCACAGGGUGCUGAGCUUCAUUUCUGUACAGACGGCCCACACCUCCCCCAGAGUCUGAGACAGCAGCCGUGCCUGACCCUCAGAGUUACUGAUGUGGAUGACACAGCCAAGGGAGCCCUGCUAACUCAGUCUGGGGAAGAUCUACAUUAUCUCUCUGAAGAGGAAGUCAAUGAUCGAAACACUCUAAAGGCAAUUCAAGGUGCAGUGCGUGAUCGGCUGAGGGGACGUGCGAUACAAACCCUAAUCAAUCUAGGAAGAGACCUGCAGAACUUAGAUAUGAAGAUUGAUAGUGUUCAGCAAAAAGUGCUGCUCAGACAAUCUCUGAUAGAGCAACUGUGCCUUACUGAGCAGGACUUCGAGGCGGUGUGGAGGAUUGUGAGUCGGCGUGCAGAGAGGCGGGUGCACCCCGCUGAUGUGAUGCGUGCCGUUACCGGGGAGAUGAGUGAGAACAGAAAAGCCAUUUUCCUGAAGGUUUAUCUAAAGCUUGACCCAAAUAAAACUGGCUCCAUCUUCCUCAGCGAUAUUGAAAAAUUCUAUAGAGGCAAACAACAGUCUGACGCAGCACACGUUCACUUUACAGAUACACUCGAUGAGGCAAUGAGUAAAACAACCUCACAAGAGUAAUAUUGCUGCAUGGGCAACAUGGAUGACUGAUGUUUAUGAAGAUACUACUGAAUCAUUCUCAUUCGGACUAUUGACAGAAGCUGGUCCGAACCCUGACAUUCUGGCCUUCGUACGGGAAACAGGAAAGGUCACCAGGACUGUCUCCUAUGCUGAGUUUGAGGACUAUUAUGAGGGUCUAAGUAUUGAAAUCCCUGAUGACGAAGAAUACAUCAACAAUCUGAGAGCUACCUGGAGUAUCUGACACACUCUGCCUAGUUUACAGAAUGACACUUUCUGAAUAUAAAUAAAAUAUUGAGCUUUAAUGUACUGCA